AUGCGAGCGAGUAACGUGACGAACAAUUUACGCUGUAUUUUGUUCCCCACCUCGCUUGUUGGAGUAGCGAGUAGCUGGUUUAACAAGUUUACUCGUCAUUCAGUAAUUUCCUGGGAGCAGCUGUCUAGGGAUUUCAAGAAGCAAUUUCAAGCCGUUAGGGAUAGGCGACCCGAAGCAGCCUCACUAACCAACAUAAAGCAGCAGCUUGACGAGACACUUAAGGCAUAUUUAAGUCAUUUUAGCACGGCUGUCGCUAGGGUUAGAAACUUGGAUGACAACACACAACUUACAGUCCUUCAGGCAAGGAUCUCCACUUAUCCAUUAACCGCUGGGGGCGAGUUGUGGGAUGAUUUACAAGGACGCCCGAUAACAAACAUCACUGAGUUCAACAAGAGGGCUCAAGUGUUUGUGUGGAAGGUAGAAGCCUGGAAGGAAAUGAACUUCUUAAAAACAAGCUCGGGAGGUAAACCCAGCAAUGUCUCAACAGGGACUGCUUCCACGAGAAUUGAUAACUCGGGGGCUUUUGGUUCGAAAAGAAAAGACAGAAUUUGA